CUACUAGCUCACAUAACCUUCCAAAGUAAUUUGAUUAACAAAUAUUUUAAAUCAGCGUUAUUACCUGUCAAAUUAUUCAGUUCAACUGUUUUAGUUUUUGUACAUUUCACUCAUUCUGCCUUUCGCUUACAUAAAUUUUUUGUGUCGUUUCCAUUUCACAUUUCGGGAAACCACUAAAUUAUGGGUCUUAUUGUCCAUUAAGAGCCGCAUAAUAAACCAGGCCUAAUAAUUUGAAGAGAAGUAAUAACAACUGAUUCCGAAGGUCAGAUAUUAGAUUAGCGAAGUUGUUUAGUAAAGUGGGGAUAAUAUAUUGGUGGAAUAGCUACUAUCAAAAUCGAAUAUCACCAGCCUAAACAUUUGGCUACUAGCGUAAACCCAGCUAACAUUGCGUUGCCGUAUCCGGCGAACGGAGAUAGCGUAUAGCAACAAGGAAGUAAAUAUUGUCGCGCGCGCAUAGUUAACAAGUGAGCGUUGAGUGCGCAUAUCAUCAGAGAAAAGACCAACAGUCGUUUUGUUUUCUUACGAACGUGAGUGUCUAUCUUGUGUUAGAAGUGGUUUCAGUGCGAAAUUUUUUUUCUGCUGUUCGCGCCGAAUGACAUUUCAAUUUUAAAAUACAAUAUGGCCGCCGAUUCGGGAAUGGAUACUUGCCCCUCGCCUGAAAUCGCUGAUUCUAGAAAAAGACCUCUGGACGGGGACGCGGAAAACGGAGAUAACAAACGAUCACAUUUUAGUUCAGAUGGAGGUUCUGAUGAGGAAAGAACAGCUUCAGGAGGAGAUGGUACUUUCCACUUCAAAUUAUUGGUACCAAGCGUGGCGGCCGGCGCAAUCAUCGGCAAAGGAGGCGAAACUAUUGCUCAGCUGCAAAAAGAAACCGGAGCCAGAGUUAAAAUGUCAAAAUCGCACGACUUCUACCCAGGUACGACAGAACGAGUAUGUUUGAUAACCGGUAGCGUCGAAGCUAUUUCGAAUGUUCUCGAUUUCAUUAUAAAUAAAAUCAAAGAGAAACCGGAUCUGACGAAAACGCUGGUCGAUACCGACAAUAAGAUGCACGAAAGGGAGAGACAAGUUAAGAUAUUGGUACCGAAUUCUACGGCCGGUAUGAUUAUAGGCAAAGCGGGAAAUUACAUCAAACAGAUUAAAGAAACCAGCGGAUCUUAUGUACAGAUAUCUCAGAAAUCCAAAGAUAUUAGUUUACAAGAAAGAUGCAUCACCGUUAUUGGAGAUAAGGAGCAGAAUAAGCAGGCCUGCAUGAUGAUAAUAAGUAAAAUAGUCGAAGAUCCUCAGAGCGGUACAUGUUUGAACGUGUCUUAUGCCGAUAUAAACGGACCGGUAGCGAAUUUCAAUCCCACCGGAUCCCCAUUCGCCAAUCAACAACCGGGAAACGCUUUCAACGCUUCCGCAACGAGUCUCAACGGCGGAUUGGGAACGGCAGUUUCUCAAAGUCUCUUACUCAACGGCGGCCUCAAUCUCAAUCUUAAUUUGACCGCUCCCGGACAGAAUAUAUCGAACGUUACUGCGCAGUUACUGGAUCAUAUCAAAAUGCAGUUGAGGUCUAGCGGAUUAGCCGACGCCCAAAUCGUCGAGAUUUGUGCCGCACUUGCGGUUCUGGCCAAAAAUGGUGUGAUUUCCGUAGGAUUAGGUAUAAGUCAGCCACACCCUGGAACGAUACCAGUGUCUAAUUAUCUUAGUCUUAUGGACGGAUCAGCACAAAAUGCCGGCGCCGGUGUGUUCGGAGCUAUUGGACAAGUCAGUUUAGGUGAUUGCUUAGGUACCAACACCGCGGCUCCAAGGACGAACCUAGAACGUUACGAAUCACCGUUCGAUCCGUUUAGGCAUCAAGUUUCCGCGGCCACAGCACCAAUUUCGUUGAAUAACAACAGCUUUGGCUUAGGUACUGGACAGCAGGUAGCUGUUUUGAGCAAGAGCCCCACUCCUGCCGAACUAAAUGGUACAAAGGACUCCAAGAAUGUUGAAAUCGCCGAAGUUAUAGUAGGCGCAAUCCUUGGACCUGGUGGUCGAUCGCUAGUAGAAAUCCAACAAAUAAGUGGUGCCAGUAUUCAAAUAUCUAAAAAAGGUAUUUUCGCUCCUGGCACCCGUAAUCGUAUCGUUACCAUAACGGGCAACCCUCAUUCCAUAUCGACCGCCCAAUAUUUAAUCGAACAACGUAUAAACGAAGAAGAGAUGAAGAGGGCGCGCAACAACGGACUGGGUACACUAGCGAUCCAGUGAUCGAAGGAAGAAGAAAAUAUUAACAUAACCUCAGUUUCGUGUACAAGCAACAUAAAUCCUUCGAAGGGAUAUUCUUGGUGCGAUGACGAGUAGUGUAAAAGUAAUGGGUGUAGUGCAUUUAGGGUGUUCUUUAAAACGUGUAUUUUCUUCAAACAAAAAGUCAUCGAAUUUUGUUGCUCUUCCAAUACAUUCCCAUUUAGAAUUUGGCAACAUAAUCCACUUUUUUUACUGAUAAAUUUGUCGUUAGUGAGAAGAAAAAAGUACACGUUUCAAAUAUUACCCUAAUUCUUAUUUUUUUCCUCUAAAAAUUAUGUUUUCUAGUAUAAAGAGUCUUGUGAUUGUUUUUGUGUUUGUAAUUGGUCUUUUUCCAGUUCAUUUCUUUACUAUUUUUUACUAAAUUUUUAUAUAUGUCUUGUGAUUGUCAUUUUUCUUUUUAAACAAUUGAGAAAUGGGAAAAGACUUUUGUGUAAGUAUUUUAUUUUUGUGUUAUAUAUACUGUACUGUACUUUGUACAGGAUAAUAAUCUUGUUUUUAUAGUUUUUUUUUCAAAAAAUUGAAAUAUAUAUUAUUAUACAAAGGUUUAUAAUAUGUUUACUUGUACAUGUAAAUUUUAUUUUUGUUCAAAUGGACCAAAUCCAAGUCAUAUUGUUGUUUUCCUUCAGUGGCGUUCAUUGAAGAUGGUACACCACUGAAUUUUAUGUAUAUUUUUGUUAUAAACUAUUAGAAAUCAUAUGUAAUCUUAAAAAAAAAUUAAUUGCAAAUUUAUUACUCCAAAUUAAUUCAUUGAAGUUUAUUGACUUCAAUAUAAAUGAAAAAUUGGUCGCUGAUAAUUAUAAUAAUUUGAUAUGGAGAAAUAUUUGCCGUUUAAUUUAAUUAUUAUGUAAAGCGAUCUGAUUUUUUACAGGUAGAUUUAGAAUUUUGACAAAUUUUAAAUCGAAAAUGUGAUGAAAUCAUUCAUGUUGUCCCUUCCGGUUUCUGUACCUAUCAUUCAGUUUCCAUAUUUCAUAUACAUAUUAUGUAUAUAAUUUUAUCAAUCAUUAUAUCAUAAUACCGUAAAAUAGUAACACUGUAAAACUUUCUAAUGUUACAUUGUUGCCAAUCUCCUAACAUUAAUCUAGUUAUUAAAUAAGGGCAAUCUAGGGUUUCGUUGUUUAUUAAAGUCUUAAACCAAAUAUUUGACAUCACAUGAUUUUAGUGCACUCAGGUUUACUUGUUGGAUGAUUGCCUAUAUAUUAGUUACAUUAACAUAUUUUUUUUAUAUUGUGAUUGGUAAUUUGUAGAGAAGGCAAACAAAUAAGUCAAGGCAUUACUAACUAUCAAAGGAUUAUCUUUUCUAUAACAGUUUUCAUUCUAAAUAACCAUUUGAAAUGUUUUUUUCCACUUUUUAAACAAGCUUCUUGAUAUUGCCAAUAAUUAUAAUAGAAGAUUGAAAAUGCUGGAAAACAGUUUGCCUUCUUUUACAUUGAAUUUUCCGAAAUGUGUACCUGCGACUAACCUCAAAAUACUAUAUUUUUUUGCUCGUUAAAUAUAAUGCAAGAAUAAAGUUAAUUUUGAGUUGAACGGAAUCGUAAAUUUAACCAAAAAUUUUAGUUGAGUUCUAUUUUUGGCUAUAUUAGAAUCUACGAUUUCGUAAACUGUUACCAAUCAUGAGUAUUUAUAUAUAUAAAAAAAAUCGUCUAUAUUGAGAUAAAGAGGGCAUAUAUUAAUAGAAUAGAGUAGUGUACAUAGUCAUUUAGCAAAUUAGUCAUCUAUUUCACUUCUAAACAUAUUUCUCAUAGAUCUUUCAUCAUAAACAAUUUAUGAUAUACGGAAUAUUAAACUAUACAAAGAUAAAUGUGACUCAAAUCAUAUAUUGUUGUUAUAGCAUGUUGUUAAUAAUUGUUAAUGUUUGAAUACACAUCUUGUACUAGCGUUAUUUAACUUGGCUGCCAAUCAAAAAUAAAUUUUACCAAUAGAAUCAUGCUUGCCCAAUUAACAUACUGAGUUAUCAAUUAAAAGUGAUUAAACGUUUCAGAUUACCCUAAAAAACAGUGCCAAUAAACCUAUCUACUUAUAAAUCAACUUUAGGUAGAAUAUUUGCAGCUGCUAAAAGAAGAUGAGAAAAAAAUUGAAAAUACAACCAGUAUCGGAAUAUAUAUUGGGUUGGCGACGAAGUUAUCUCGGUUUUGUAGUAUAAAAUAAAACACUUUUUUUAGAAAGAAUAGUUUUUAAUCAAUUAUAUAUUUUCCAUUUUGCUCAUCGAUCUUUUGAUAUUCUUCUUCCAGCUUCAUGAUUUCGCUCCCAUAAAAUUUCUGGUCCUUAUCAGCAAAAAACUAUAGAUGGUAAUCAGAUGGUGCCAGAUCAAAGCUGUAUGGGGAACGGUUCUUCUUUGGCGAUUCCGUUUUUUAACAGUGAUAUUUUUUCCAGUAUUAUGUGGAGAGGUGGGAGAUUUAGAAUCAUGUCUAGUGCAGCUGUUGGGCAUAAUUUCAUUGCCUAGGUUGCACAUAAGCAAGCCAGUUCUUGUACCUUCGAGAGAGAUUGUUCCUUAUGGUAUUCAGACUAGUUCUAGUAUUCCAAACCACUGCCCCAUAUGUGAUGAUUGGUCUCACAGUUACCAUCUACGUCCACAGUAAGAUCUUUGAGUUACAACCCCAAUUCCUCCCAAAGUUUCUGCACACCAUCGGGGCUUUUGUGGCUUCGAUUCACCCUAUAGAAUAUAUUUCUAAAUAAUAAGUGGAAAAUAAAAAGUGCCUAUAUAUAUUUUUUGAAAGCACUUCUUAGUUUAACUAUUUUUACAUUAUCUUUUAGAAUAAAAGUGAACCAAAUGGGUCAGUUUAGGAACGUCAAUUUUAGAAUUUCAACAAGAAUAAUUAUUGAGAAUGUUUCAAAAGAGCCUAGUUAAAAAAUGCUAGUGAAUUUAUACACAUUCAUAGUUUUCUCGUCUAAAUGUUUGUGAUGGCCAUAUACUUGGAUUAUUAAGUAAGUAUAAUCACUUGUAUUGUAAUUUUAUGGAACAGUUAUAUUUAAUGUUACAAUGAUGAAAUUUUAGUAGAUAACGGGUGACAUGUUAUUUAUAGUUGUUGCUUGAGGUACAUUCUCAGAUUAGGCUUCUCAUACCAUACUUGUACAAGCGUCUGGUUAUUUUUCUCCAAAAAAGCUUCAAAAAUAUCUAGUCAAUAUUAUUUCGUUGAAUAUUAUUGCAAUUAAUGUACUAUACAGGGUGUCAAACAUAAGAUGACCCAUAUACUUUUCUCAAAACUUGUAGGAGCUAUCAAAAAACUUCGAUUACAAAAGUUAUUGUAUAUAAAGUAAUUUUUAGAUUAUUUAUUUUCGGAAUGUUGAAUGGAACGCCCUAUAUUUUACUGCAUUUUUUGAUUUAGUGGUUAAAAGAAAAGUAACUUUCAUAAGACCGAUCUAUUUAAUUUCCCAUGGUUUAGAAAAAUCUAAAAAUUACUUUAAAUACAAAAAACUUUUGUAAUUGAGGUUUUAAAACUGAACCGAACUGAAAAGCUCAAAUGUAACGAAUCGAAAUGUGCUCAGCAGAACAAAAAUAAUCUAACACUGUAUAUUUCAUUCGCUGCUAAAUAUAAUGUGAAAAAUAGAUAUAUUUUGACUUUAUAUUUUGAAAUAUAUAUAUAUAUAUAUAUAUAUAUAUAUAUAUAUAUAUAUAUAUAUAUAUAUAUAUAUAACCAGAUAGCUUAUACAAUGAAAAUUUCCGCAAAAAAUACUGUUGCUGUGAUAUUCACAUCUGUUAAGUAAUUGUGAGGGUAUCGUUGCCCGUAUGUGCGCUUUUUCUAAAUUUGUCGUGUUAGUGAUACAAAUAUUAGCCGGAAUUUCAUCGUUCUAGAUACAAUAUAUCUCCUCAUCAUACUUUAUUUUCCACGAUUCCAAAUUUACACUCGAUAUUUGGAUAAGAUCAGAAUGUAUCGAAAGUCGUAAGUAAAAUUUGUUGGCACUUGUUAAAACGUUUCAUUCUUACAUGAAGGCAGCGUCGGAUUAAGAAGUAGGGCCCCACUUAAGGAAAUAAAAAUCAACUCUGAAAUAUUUUGGAACAAAUUUUGGUAGGGAUCCAAUAUUGCUUUUAAAAUUAAUGAUCAAAUUAGUUAUUUUGCGAGGCCCACGCUUGCUCGGGGCCCGGGGCUUCAGUCCCCCUUAGACCCUCUCAAAAUCCGACGCUACAUGCAGGUAUCAUAUAUAGAUUUCCAGUCUUAGAGCUAAUCAUUUUGAUAUUAUCCACUUUUGAAUGCAAAGUUAACAUUUAAACAAUUUUUUUCGGAAGUAGAAGUAGUUUAGAGAAUUUAUAAGAGAGUUUCCAAAUUGAUUAUUCUCAUUAGAGUGCCUUCUAUUGGAAUUAGAAUUGUUAUUAAAUUUUCUGUAUGUUGACACAAAUAGAUUAACAUUUUAUAAAUUUAUUUCCUAAUAAGGAUACAUGUGUGUUAUGGAUUUAUAUAAUCCUUUGAUAGUCCAGGCUACCAAGGUUUUCAUCUCCUAUUUCCACGAACCUACAUCAAUUUUAAUGAAAUUUUGACAGUAUGUAUGAAAUACCUUAAAAAGCAAAAUCUAUUCUACGCUGAUGUGUACUUUUGCUUUAAUGGUGAGGUUCACCCCAACUAGUUGAUCUUUCUAUGAAAAACGAAAGGGUGAAGUGAUAAUUCUUCUUGGGGGGUGUAUAUUUGUGUAUUUCUUUCUUUGGUAAAAAAAGUGAAUUUGACGAUUUUUGUUCGUUUUCAGUUUUUUUUUGGUAUAUAUAUAUCUACAAAAACAGCCAUUUUUAACACUUUUUCUUCUGUUUUACUUUUUCAUUUGCUGGUAUAUACUAAAAUGGCACUUUGGGUUCUUUUUUUAAUAAAUACGUACAAAACCAGCUAUAUUUGUUACUUUUUUUGAAAAUAAGAGUAAGUCAAGCUUAAUUCCAAAUUUUCGAGGAAAUACCUCAUUUCUCCUUUGGUAGCCUGGACUAUGAUCUACAAUAUAACAAAUGCCAUUUGAUUGACAUAAAAAGAAGUACUCAAAAUAAAUUAGAUUCAAGACAAAUAGCUGAGGAUAGAUGUGAAAUAUUUUGGAUUGAAUGAUUAUGAUAAAUGUACUUUACUUGCUUACUAAGCCUAAUUCUAUGAAACUAUUUCAUUCAUAUAGGAAUUUAUUAUCUAUAUUUUAUUUAGAGAUACAAUAUACAAUCUAAUCUAGCAUUCCUAUAUAUCUAUAUGAUUUGUCCUAUCUGUAAAAUCGCGUAAAGCAUUACACUACAGAUUUAUUGAACUUCCGAAAAAAAUAGUUUCAAUUUUCAUUAAAACCCCGCUUUAUGUUUUCAUCAAAACAUUAAGUUACAUAUUCAUGGGUUUGUAUUUAAUACAUCAAAAAAAAAACAAUGUUAUUUGUAAAUAUUUUAUUUUUAUAUAUAUGUAGGUAUAUUAUUCAUUUAUAUAUAUAUAUAAAGUUUUUCAGUAAUUUUUUUGUUUAAAAUGUUGAAGAAAAAAAUAUAUGAGUAAUGUUGAUAUUUGCAUGUAUAAAAGUUGAUGUUGAUAUAUAUAUAUAUGUUUAAAAUAUUAUUCAAAAAGGCCUAUAAACAGUUGACUGGUCAUAUAAUUGUUAGAAACGUGGGGAUUCACAAAUUUUAUACAUAAGCAAGCAGAAAGUAUCUGCUAUGUUAAUGGUGUGAAUUGCGAAUUUCUACUAGUUUGAAUUCAUUAUACUAUAAUAUCGCAAAAUAUGUCAAUUUCAAACUAAAAUCAACAACAAUUAUUGCUCCAAAAUCUUUUAUUCCAUGAAAAGUGAAAAAAAAACUGUAAUGAAUUUAAACGAGUAUCAAAAAUUGUGAGAAGCACGGGUCAAAUAGAAAUGGGUGAUAUAUUCUUAGCUUUGUUUAUGAUUCGAUGUGUAAAUACUUCAUUAAAACGCACAUUUUAUUACUUAGGGUGAUUUAUCUUUCUUAGUUACUUCAUUUUAGUGGUAAAAACAAGACUAUAAGUUCAUAAACUUAUAGCCAUCUUAAACUUUUUAUUUAUACUUUUAAAUUUUAAAAAGUAAUAAUAGUAAGUUUUUACAUACCUGUAAAUUGCCGCAAACAAAUUUCCAAUUUUAAUACAACUAGUAUUGUAGUUUUCAAGACUAUUUGGGUAAAGGUGACUGUUAUAUGGAGACAUUUAAGAGCAAAACUAAGAAAUUCCAGUCAUCAUAAGUCAUCAAAUAUUUUUCUAUGUCUAUUUAUUCAACGAAAGUCCCACACCAAAUAGACUGGAAAAGUAUGUCAUCAACCAUUUUGCAACCUGUUUGAUUACUAAUGUUCUAUUAUGAAAUUAGAGAAACGACAGUUCUUUUUAUUAUUGUAAUGAAAACAAACCACUGCAAAUCUAAAAUAUGUUCGUACACAUAAACUAUCUCACAAUAUCAAUUAUUUUUGUGAGAUUAACAAAUCUGACUCUCUAACCUAACUUUUCUUCUUCUCUUCUAAUUCUACAAUACAGAAUAUUACACUUACUUUUGUACGUUUGCGUAUACAUCUACUUAUUACCUCAUAAUACAAUGGAACGCAGCAUUUUUGAUGAAUUAAAUCGACAACAAAAUUGGGAAAAUAGAAAAAAAAGUAAUAUAUUGCGAAAAAAUUCAAUGUCAUCAAGUUGUUUUACCCAUACUAUUGAUCUCGACUGCAGAUGUAGAAGACAAAAAACUUAGGAUAGGCAAUCUGUAAAUGCAGUAGGAAUCCAACUAACAUUUAUAUUUGUUACUAUUAUAUUAAUAAAAUGAUUUAUGAAUAACGUCUCUAGAAGUAUAGAAAAUUAACUCACCCUGUACUUUAGAAAUUGUGCGUUCUGUAUAUUUCCAACUUAUUAUCGACAUAAUUUAUAUUAACAUAUGUUAGAAAUUACAAAAAAUUCAUCAGCAAUGGUUACCAAUUUCGCACUUUUUCUGUUUUCGCAAAUAUUUUGUAUCAUGAUAAAAUUUAGCAACAUGAUUUUUUAUUUCAUUUUAUCAUUUCUGUUAAAAAAAAGUAGGUAGUCGGGGAUAAAUAUAUAAAUAUAUUGUUAAACACAUUAGAAAUUUCAAUAAAAUCAUAGUGCCAUAUUACGUAUUAUUCAUGAAACCUCAUCUCAUCUCCACAUCCAUUUUUCCAUUCUUUUUUUUUAGUUUUAUAUACUGAGAUAUACGGUGUCCCAGCAAUUUUUACAUACGUAAUCAUCAGAUCACGCUCAAUAGACUACAGGAGUGUUGACGUCACACAGCGCCAUUAUUAGCGAAUGUCAGAAAUCUCUUUCCAAACAAAGUUUUAACUGCGUUGACUAUCGUAUACAUGUUUAGUGAUUUGUGAUUUUUUCGUAUUUUAUUUGAUAAAUUUUGCAAAAAAAUACCUUCUGGCACAAAACACAUUACCAUCUUAUACAACAAUGAACUAAUCAAAAACUUUUUAAAUAACUUUAAAGAACAUUCACUACCUCACAAACUUUGAAAAGUGAACUAUAACAAUAUGACGACCGUGACGUCAUGCUCCGGUUGUCUAUAGUUGUCUAACCAAUAUUAUGUCAAAAGUCAUACAUAUACAUUUAACAAUUAUACAAAGAAAUUUGUUGCUUCACUUGAAAAACCGAGAAGCAGUUUUCUCCAAAAAGUGAAAAAAAUUGUAUAUUAGAAAAUCGGUACCUAAAUAUUUACUAUAUUUAAAAAGAAAUGCAAGGUUGAAAACAUAUGAUUUAACAUUAUUAUAACAUAGAGUUUUAGUUUAAUUAAAAUAUCUACAGAGAAAUAUUUGUACAUCUAAUUAAUACUUAUCUACUCUAAAAAUUUUGAUAAUUUUUGGCUAUUAAUAGAGACAUUGGAUAUGCUAGAAAAUUCAACAAUCUUGCAAACCUUUUUACGAGUUUUAUUUGUGAAGAACAAUUACAUCUUUAGUAGCAAAGCUUCAGGAACUAUUAUUAUUCAAUAUAAAAUACAACCUCAAAUUUCAAACGCUUCUUAAAAUCUCACCCAGUAUUUGAAAUAAAAUUUCAACAACUACAGAACUUUUCGGAAACUAUGUUCGUGUCAACCCGAUCAUUAUCUAAAUGUUCGGAAACUAACCUGGAUCACAUUCACUGUUGUUCGGAAACUGACAGAGUUGAUCGAGUCGUAGUCGUACUAUAUGGUCCUUUCUACUUUAGUAGACCGUUGAUAAAUGCGAUCAGCUGAUGUAUUAUUUGUCUAUGGUCUUUUGAACUUAUAUUAAUUCUCAUGGGCAGAAUGUAUCAUAGAACUAAAUGGAAAAUUAGACAUCUACAUCUAGAAUAGAAAUAAUAAAUGUUUUAAAUUUGAAAUUUAUGCCGAACAUUGAACGCGACGUUCAGAAACUGUGAUCUAAACUCGUUUGGGGUUAGUAACCGCAAUCAGCUGAUUAGUGAUCUAUCUGAAUCCGAGUUAUAGUUUCCGAAGAGUCUUUACGUAACUAAAAGUUUGACGAGCAUAUUCAUACGUACUUAUACGAACUGCGCUUGCCCAUGCAAGAUUGGAAAACUUCCGAUUACGUCAACUUAACAAUGUUGUCUAGAGAUGUGGAAAGUAUAGUUAUUUUGUACUCAUUUUAGUAAGGAAUAAAAAAAUUAACUUUUUGAAUAUUAACGAGUAGACGAAGGCAAAACACAUUAUUUUAACGUAAUUGUAAAGUUCGUACAAAUGUCUUUUUGUCGUUGGAUUUUUUUCAAAACUAAACACAAAAACUCAAGAAAAAACGCUGUUUUGUUUGAAAAUUUAUAAUUUGGUAUAAAAACCGAAAUUAAACACAAAUCUACUUUUUCAAAAACUAAUUUAUAAAGACAAAACCUUUUUGUUUGUGUUGAAAGUAUUUUUGCUUAUCCAAUGUAUUAUGCAUAGCAUCAUUCGACUGCUCUUGAUAAAAAAUUACAUCUCUAUCACAAUAUUUUGUUGGCGUAUAUUCAGGUCCCUUCACACGGUCUUAUCAGUUCUCAGUCGACCUGUCCGUUUCAGUCUUGGAUUGCAUAUCGUCAAUAUGAAUCACAUUCAUAUAGUUAUUAGUAUUGCACAUAAUAUAUCAUGUAAUAAUUUUGCAACAUCAUGGCUUUAGCUUUGACGUUGAUGAAAUCGAGAAAAAGAAGAAGACAAUGGAUUAAAGCUUGGUACUUCAAAUGAAAUUCCAAGUUAAUAAAAGAAUUCUAAUUACAAUAAAGUUAAUGGCUAAAACAAUUAACGGAUGACUGAGGAUGCAUAUCUCGUAUUAUUACGUCUUAUAUAAAAGCGGGAUAUGAAUACGAUGUGGGCUUUAACAUCCUUUUUUGCAUUGUGACACAAAAAUGGACAUGCUUUAUAACAAAUUGGUGAUUCUUCGAUAUAUUUAUAGAAAUAAAUAACCACCAAAUAUAGACAGAUUCAAACUGAGGCAUGAGCAUGAAUCUAAAAUGUUUGCUUUUAUAAAAAAAUUCUUUGAACUGAAAUCAAACAAAUAGAUCUAUCAAUCCCGUUAGUUUUCCGUCUGAGUUUGCGUUUCCUUUCAGUUUCAAUCUUUUUACACCUAGGAAAAAUUGACAGUUCGAUUGAGAGUGAACUGAGAACUGAUACAACCGUGUAAAAGAAUCUUUUAGUUGGGACGCGUUUUUUAGAUGUAAGUUAAGUGGGGAUUAUUGAGUUUUACAUAGACGUUGCCACAUUUCAUUUUUUUUUCGUGGCAAAAAUCUUAUGAAUUCGUUAAAAAGGUACAAAAAAUUGUAGUCGACAUUUUUAGUAUAUUUUUAUUUUCUUUUUUCUUAAAUAUCAAGAAAGUGAAAAAAUUGUGAUGUUUUGUCUCAUCCCCUUUUUAUUAUUUUUUGACAAAUAAACUUCACAUAUCUUAUUUUUUGGAAAUAUAAACAGAGAAGGUAUUUACGUGUUUAUUUCAUUAAAAAUUAUUGAUGAAAUUUUAUUGAAAAAUAAGAAAUUAGUUAUGACUUUUCUCGUAUUAUUGGUUUGAAAUUUUUAAAAACUAUGGGAUUACUGUUAUCACUUUAUUUUUUUUACCAUAAUGGUAAUGUGAUAUUUGUAGGGAUUCUUUUUGUACUUAUCAGUACAUCUGCAUUCGAAUUCACCCCUACCCCCACCUUUUCAUUCCAUAUAAAAAUUUAUAUAUUUUUUUUUCGUGAAAAAAAUUGACUGUUAUUUAUUAAAAAUUUUUUGUAAAA